AUGAAAAUUGGCACAAAGAAGAACUUCAAAGGUCAGAUAACUGCAACCGUCCAAUACGGUAGUGGUUUUCUGGUACUUACUAGUAAUCGCCACGAAACUGAAACAAGGAAACGUCAAAUUUUAAUUUACUGUUUUCAUCAACAUUUCAAUAUUAUUACCCUUAAAAGGUCAUGCUGCAAAUUGUUCCUAAAGAUCACUUUGAUUGUGCUGACAUCUACAGCCAUAGUGCUUCUCAUCUUGAUUGGAAAAGAUGGCGUGACUGUGGAUAGACAGAAAAUUCUGAAGAAAUACAUCCAUCCCAGUCAUAGUCACUCAAAUUCUAGUCUUAUAUGGAUCGUUAAAAUAAUUCCUCAGGGUUCCUUAGUGAAUGAUGUGUCAUAUGCAAAUAAAAUUGCUGGUGAUUUGAAUAUGACUAACAUUGGGCAAGUGCCUUUCUUUGACAAUCAUUUUACAUUUAUACACAAAUUAGACAAUUCUAGUCAUGCCAAUCGUUCCAUUAAAUCUAUUCAUUAUAAUCAUAUCAAAGUAUGGUCCGAAGAUAAUAUGCAGUACUUAAUCAAUACAAUUGAGAAAUCAUUGGAAUACCAUGCAGGCAUCGCUUGGUAUUCACAUCAACGGAUAUUGCAAAGGAGAAAAAGGUUGAUCAAACCAAGUUAUGAUUUUUUGGACUUUGGAGACCCCUAUUACAAGCUUCAGUGGCAUCUGACCAAUACCUGGGAAGUUGGGUUAGACAUCAAUGUCACAGGGGUGUGGAGACACAAUGUGACUGGUGAAGGUGUCACUGUCGCUGUGGUAGAUGAUGGAAUAGAGCACACCAACCCAGACCUGGUAACCAACUACAACAGGGAGGGUAGUUAUGACUUGAAUGACGAUGAUCCCGACCCCAUGCCAGACUUCUCCCAUGAGUCCAAUCACCAUGGCACAAGAUGUGCCGGGGAAAUAUCUGCCGUUCCAAACAAUUUCUGUGGUGUGGGAGUUUCUUAUGGUGCUCAAUUCUCAGGAAUAAGACUGCUUGACGGACCUCUUACUGACAGCUUGGAGGCCCAGGCUUUCACCCAGGGCUUCCAGAUCAAUGACAUCUAUAGCUGCAGCUGGGGCCCCGAUGAUGAUGGAAAAACUGUGGAUGGGCCUCACACCCUAGCUGCUGCUGGUAUGAAGAAAGGCAUAGAUUUUGGUCGACAUGGUUACGGAAGCAUCUACGUGGUUGCUAGUGGCAACGGUGGUUAUGAAGGAGACAACUGCAAUUAUGAUGGCUAUGCAAAUUCAUUGUACACUGUAACAAUAGGAGCUAUUGAUGAGACAGGUCACAUGCCAUUCUACGCAGAGGAGUGUGCAUCCAUGUUGGCAGUCACAUUCAGCAGUGCUAAUGGCGGCACUAACAGGGAUAUUGUGACCACAGACUGGACAUCAGGAAGAGGGGCGUCCCGUACCGGGUGUACUGAACAUCACACUGGUACGAGUGCAGCUGCACCCAUUGCUGCGGGGCUUAUAGCUCUGAUGUUGGAGGUUCAGCCUUGUCUUACAUGGAGGGACAUCCAGUACCUGAUUGCGCUCACUGCUGAAAAGGUAGACAUAGAUGUGGCUCACUGGCAGAAGAACGCGGCUGGACUAUGGCACUCACACAAACACGGGUUUGGACUUAUGAACGCAUGGAGGCUGACCAAUGCUGCAACAGUGUGGAACCAGGUACCCUGGCAGACAUCAUUUUCCUAUGCCCAGAAACAUGUGAACCUACCUAUCACAAAAGGAAACCAUCAUCCUCUCAGACUGUCCUAUAAUGUUACAGCCAAAGAUGUUGCGAGUUUUGAUCUUAACCUUUUGGAGACUGUGUAUGUGACUGUGACCAUACAGCACCCCCGCAGAGGUCACCUUGACAUCAGGCUUAUCUCUCCACAUGGGACAGAGUCUGUCAUUGGGGCUACUAGACAUAAAGACAAUUCAAGUGGGGGCUUUGACAACUGGACAUUUUCCACUGUGCGCUGUUGGGGUGAAACUCCAGUCGGCACAUGGACUCUCAUUAUUAUGGAUACAGACUCAAGUGACAAUUACAGUCAGGGCAAACUUGAGAGUUGGACGUUGAAGCUGUUUGGAACGCCAAUGACCCCAAAACAGUUGAAGGACAGGAAAAGGUCCAUAGAGAAGGCUAUGCAUGGUGGAAACCUGAGGAAAAGUAUGUCCUGUUCCCCACCCCCUGUUACCGCCAGGCCUGACACGAGUCUAUCUGUGAAAACAUUAAAGGUCCUUACAGUAAUAAGCUGCUUUUGUUUCUUGAUGGCUAUCUAUGAAACGUUUGAGUACAUUUUCUGCUACGACAAAGAGAAAGCAGAACAAUCAAGAACACUCACUCUUUUAAAACGAGCCCAUCAAAUUGCUGCAAGACAUUUGUAUGGUGAUUCGUCUCCAGGUGACUCUCAGGAAGCAAUUGGUCUGCUUAGCGGCGAAAGUAUUCAACUUGAUACAUUCCAGUCUAUAAAUAGUAGUGAUAUCAUACCUAUAAAUAGUACUAAUAUCAUAGAAACUGACAUUGACCUGGGGGAAAAUUUGUCAAAUUCUGCGAAUGGGCAACAUUCUAGAGAACCUUUAUCCAAUAUUGGAAAUGGUAUUGACCUCCAAGAUGAAGGCCAAAUUCAUGCAAAAUAAACAGUUUAAUGAUACUGAAUUUUACUUAAAAACAUUAUAUAGGUCAUAUUAUUACUAUAGAAACAGGAAAAUGACAUUGACCUUUAUUCAAAAGAUGUAGAUCACAUUGUUGCUAUCGAAAUAGAAGAAUGACAUUGACCUUAAGAAGCAAAUACAUUGACUAGGCAAAUUUAUUUGUUAUUGUAACCAUACAUUGUGUUGCAUUAUAUGUCAUUUUUUUAAACCAAAGUUAAUUUUUCUGCAAAACUGAGUGAUUGACAUAUUAAUAAUGUUCAUUUGAUUCUGUGAUAUUGUUUUCCAAAGCAAGCUUCCAACUGUGAUUGACACAAAUUUUAACAGAAAGUUUUCAAUGUUCAUAUUGGAGUUUUAAAAUCGAAAAGCAUCUCAUUUAAGAUGCUUCAUCAUGUAAAUAUUGUUAUUUAUGUGGGUUGGCUUAUUAUUGAUGUUGGGAUAAUUUUUGAUACUUCUGUAUUUUCUACCAUUGAUUUCAUGUUGAUCGUGUCAACUUACUUUGAGCGGGCUUCAUUUACCAGUAAAUAACAGUUUUAUAUAGAUGUUUGUGUUUUUAAGAUUUACAAUUUAUUUUUUGAAAUCCAACUUUGCAAUGCAUAACAAGUUAAUGAAAACACUUCUUAUAAAGGUGAAAGGUAAUUUAUUUAGUUUGGUACGACUGCAAAUACUUAUUGUUUUUAGAUUUUAUUUUACAAUUUGAAAUCCAACUUUGCAUAAAAUCUGUUACUAAUCAUGUAAAAUGUUUUGAUAUGGCAUGCUGGACAAUUUACCAUAUAGAAUUAAAAAUUUGUAUGCAUUUUCCUCAUAAAUGUAUUUACAUGUAGAAAUCAUGUCAUCCGGAUGGUCUCCAUUAUAUAUUUGACAACUUGGCUUGUCCCUGUAGUUUUCAUUGUAUUUUUAUCUUGCAUUCCAAAUGUUUACAAAUAUUUCCAUUAUUUUACAUUUUAUAUAUAUGUGAACUGUGAUGUUGAUUUUGAAUUCCAUUAUCGUUUGCAUAUAAGUUUUAUAUAUGUAUUGAGUUUUAUAUACAUUCAUUUUUAUGUCUUCCAAAUACGGUAUAUUUUGUUAUUUAAGGCCACACCAAAUUAAUGUUUAGUUCUCCAGAUUUUCUACACAUAUUUCUGAAAAUGCCAAUUUAAAAAAAAAAAAAAUUAAGUGACUGCUCAUUUUUUCCACAGAAAUUUCGAAUAAAAAAUCAGUUGAAAUAUUUGAGCUUUCUUUAUUGUUAUGGGAAAGAAUACCAAAAAAAAUCCAAAUUUGUCAAACAAAGAUUUAAAUUUGUCUUGAUUAAGUAUUCAUGUUGCAUACAGUGUUAAAAUUGUGUUCAGUAAAUGACUGCCUGUUGUGCUUAUUGUUAGUUUGUGUGUACCGUUAUUUAUUUUGGUUUGGAAUGGUAGAAGCUACAUAUCGUUUUUCUCUGGUUUAAUGCUGCACUCUCACAGAUUGACUGUUUUGACAACGUUUUAUUGUUUAAUUUGCAUUGAGUCAAUUUUUGUGUAAAAAUCUGAAAAUCAGUGAUAUAAGAGUGCUGACUUAAGAUCCGAUUACAGUUUUUCAUAUUUACGUUUGAUUAUUUAUGUUUUAUGGCUAAUCGUGUUAUUAAUGCUUUAAGAAAAAAUAUUUUAUUGUAAAACAUUUAUUUUUGAACAAAAAUACGAAAACCUGCAGUCUGAUUUUUGUCAGCAGUCUUAUAUCACUGGUUUCCAUACAUUUUUAUUUUUUUUUGUCUCAUUCCAAGACAACAAAUAAAAAAGUUAUCACAACCGUCAAUCUGUGAGAGUGCAGCUUUAAAGCCCAAGUAUAACUCCAAUUGUCCACCAAAAGGAGUGCAUUGUCUUAUAUGAAAUUUUUGACCACAUAUUUUGUUUCUUUUAUGUAAAGAAAGCCAUUGUUUAACCUUGCGGAAUCCGUCAUAAGUUUUUCAGGGUGCUGCUUGUUAUUUUUGUCAUGAGUAUUCUAGUCUAGAUUUUACUUGAAGUUUUAAAUCGGUAUCAAAUAUAAUAGCCUAGUAGUUGUAAGGUAUUUUGUCAAUUUUAAAAAUGGUAAUGUGUUAUGUUAUUACACUGCCUGUGAAACUGUGAAGGAAUACAAAUAAUAAAUUAUGGAUCAAUUUGU